UCCAGGGACCAGAACUAGGGUUUGCGAAAUCGUGACGCGAGCACUUGAAGAUUCGCGAAAGACAGCGCGACCGACCCACGGCGAUGGCCACCGUCCACCCUCAAUCCCCGGCGGGUCCCACCCAUCUCCCGCAGGAGGAGCGACACGGGGACGCCCCGGUACCGCCCGCCGUCUCCGGCGAACCCGCCGCCGCAGCGGAGGCGGGCGGCGAGAUCGCCGCGCUCGACAAGCAGCUCGCCGUCGUCGGCGGCGGCGAGGAGAGGAGGCCGGCCGGGGCCGGGGCCGGGGCCGCCAGCGCAGGCGGGGGAGGGAAGCUGGUGGCGGAGGCCAUGCGCAAGUACGCUGCCCCGCGGUCGUCGCGCUUCCACGGCGUCACCAGGCUCAAGUGGAGCGGCAAGUACGAGGCGCACCUUUGGGACAACACCAGCCAGGUCGAAGGCCGCAAGCGCAAGGGCAAGCACGUGUACUUAGGCAGCUAUGUCGAUGAAGAGCAGGCUGCAAAGGCACAUGAUUUGGCUGCCCUUAAAUAUUGGGGCACAGGGCCAAACACCAAACUGAACUUCAAUAUUUCUGAUUAUGAGAAAGAAAUUGAGGUUAUGAAGACCAUGUCCCAAGAUGAAUUUGUGGCCUACAUAAGGAGACAAAGCAGUUGUUUCUCAAGAGGUACUUCAUCAUACCGGGGUGUAACCAGACGGAAGGAUGGUAAAUGGCAAGCAAGAAUUGGUAGGAUCGGUGAGAGUAGAGACACCAAAGACAUUUACCUUGGGACCUUUGAAACUGAAGAAGAGGCAGCAGAAGCUUAUGACAUUGCAGCGAUCGAGCUUCGGGGUGUUCAUGCAGUCACCAACUUUGACAUUAGUAAUUACUGUGAAGAUGGUUUGAGAAAAUUAGAAGGCCCAUCAGAGGUGGCUAAGCUUGGAAGUCCGUCGGAGGUUGUGAAGCUCGCUGGGCAAUAGAUACUAGAUUAGCAACGUGUAAAUUAGUUUCUAUUUCGUUUCUUUUGUCUUCAUAUUCUCCCCCUUUUGUAUUCCUGAUUUUUUUUGCCGUUUUGUGAGUUCCCUCCUUGCCUUAUUGGCAAGCCAGUAUUUACCCGACUCGAAAGGACAAUGUGAUGUUGUAUUUUAGCCUCACAGAAAGGUAUUACUAACCUUUGAUGUCA